AUGAAGACUCUUAAAGUUUCACUUAAGGCACAUUCAGAUACGAGGUGGGCUUCUAAAGCCAAAGCUGUAAAUGCCUUGAACUCACAAAUUAAAGGUGUUCAAAAAGAAUUAAAUGAGAUCAGUUCUUCAUCACUUAACUCUGAGACAAAAACAAAUGCUAAGACUUUGCUCGCUUGUAUUGAUUACGAAUUUUUAUGUUUUUUGGAGGCUUGGGAUCAGAUUUUAAGUAAAAUCAAUCGAGUUAAUCAAGCGCUGCAAUCGAAAACUUUGUCAUUAGAGAAAGCGACUAAACUCAUUGAUGGGCUGAUCAAUUCGAUCAAUGAACUUCGUGACUCUGAUUUGGAAAAUGCUUUCGAUUGCGCCAGAGAGACGACUGUAAAAAUGGGUAUCCCUGAGAACGUGAAAGAAUCAAGAACAAGAAAGAAAAGACGAUUAGAACUCGACGAGGACGAAGAUGAUGGUCCAAAUUUAACAAAGAUUCAAAAACUUCGAACACCGAUUUUCGAAUCUAUUGAUGCCCUUCUCUCACAACUCACUUGGCGAUACAAAAAAUUUACGCGCAUUUCUGACGAUUUCGGAUUUCUCUCUGGUGAUCGUCUUAGUACCAUGGAACCCGAAGAUCUGAAAAAAAAUGCUACAGAUUUAGCUCUCAAAUAUAAAGACGAUCUCAGUACUCUUGAACUCUGCAGUGAAAUAGUCGAUUUUAAACAAACUGCAUUGAAAACUGUAGAAGAUCUAGAAAAUGCAUCUCUGCUGGAUUUACUUCAAAUGAUUUAUGAUUUCGAACUUCAAGAAUCAUAUCCUAAUAUAGCUAUAGCUAUUCGUAUAACUCUACCAGUUUCAAUUGCUUCGAGUGAGCGAAGUUUUAGCAAACUGAAACUCAUCAAAAACUACCUUCGCUCGACGAUGAGUCAAGAACGAUUAUCUAAUAUGGCGAUACUUUCCAUCGAAAAAGGACUUACAAGCAGUUAA